UAGAAGACGAGGUCGCUCUGCGGUGCACGUGGGGGCGGGGGGCAGGGGUGGCGCCCGCUCCAGUUCUUGCUCCCGUUCCUGCUCCUGCGAGUGGCUCCAGACCAGCGGGAGCGGCUCGCCGACUUGCAAGUGCGGAGCGAGCCAGGCGACCGAACCGACGACGACGAUGGGUGCGGAGAAGGAGAAGGCGGACACGAGCAUCGUCAUGGACGAGGGCGAGUUCGACAGGUCUAUCGGAGCCGUCCUGGCCCGGAAGGAGGACGGCUUCUCGUCCGCGAGCGAGGACCGAGACCCCGACGACGUCAACGCGCACCUCAGGGUGGGCUUCGACGACGUCAUCGCCGAGCCGCCGUCCGCUCGGACCUUCGACCGGGUCUGGAUUUGCAGCCACGCCUCCUUCGAGGUGGUCAAGUUUGGCCUGUACCGGCUCCUCGGGACGCUGCUGGCCGUCCCCCUCGCCUUCCUCCUCGGGCUCGUCUUCGCCGUCCUCAGCCUCGUGCAUAUCUGGCUGGUGACGCCGGGCAUCCGGACCUUCCUGGUGGCGCUGCCGUCCCUGCGGGUGGUGUGGACGAGCCUGACGGACACGUUGGCGGCGCCGUUCUUCCGCAGCCUCGGCGCCGGCUUUUCGUCCGUCCGCGUCCAGCACGACGACCAAUGACGCAUACCAGACGGUCUCUGGGGGUCUCCAGGGAAUUGUUACCCCCCCAAGAAUGGAUGCGAGCGCAGUGCUUGUAAAACUGGAUUCCAUCAGAAGCCUGCGAGCUAUAGUUUGAGGGUCCACCGUGAAAUAAUUUGCAAUAAAUUAUUUGGUGGCAUCCUUUAAAAAAAAAAAAAAAAAACGCAUUCCGACACAUCGUUAGCUUAAUAGCUUAGUUGGCUUGGCAACUAAAGUAUGCUAAUAGGCGAGUUGUAGGGAGGUGGAGCUUAGCUUUGGGCCAAUCAAAAUCUCAGGCACGAGUCUGACAUCAACACAUAAAUCAUCGUUCCAUCAACAAAGGCUUUUAUUUUGGGAAUUUUUACAACAGGAGUAAAGUCUGUUUUUGUUGGGGCCAGAAAAGCAUAUUUUCUAAACUCACUUUUUGGAGGACAAAUGUCUUUUUUUUGGGGGGUAAUACGGUAUACCCCUCCCCGACUUUUUUUUUUAACAAUAAAAACAUCCGAAAUAAAACAUCGCUACAAAACAUAAAAUUCUGUUUUUGAAAUUCACAUUAUAAUAUGGCUUUUUCCCCCUCAUUAAACUUAGAUUUGAAUAUCAAAAUAUUUCAGUUUUAUAUCAGAAAAAUAUAUUUUUUAAAUUGAAUAUUUAAUGGUUUGUUUUUGUAAAAUUAUACUUUUUUAUGCUGUCAAAAUGUGUUGUAAAGAUCAACUUUUUUUCUUGACAAAUCAUUUUAUCAUUUGAAAAUUUUGAGUCGUUUCUCAAAAAAACAUUUUUUUGGGCACUUUUACAAAAUUUCAACGGCAUUGAAGGGUACGCAUCAUGUUUAAUUUUUUUUUUUUU